GGCUUGUGAAGGGGAGGGGAGGCGAUGUAGGGUUUAAAAACGGCGCCGCUUCUUGUAAGCGCGAUUACUGAUAGAAUGCGCGCCGAGGUGUUAAAGGAGUUUCCGUGCGUUACGGUCCGUCUCGCUCCCGUCUGGAUCCCUACCGUAAUGUUGACAGCGAGGAUGAGGAAGACGCCCUCAACUACCUUAAUUCGUCACUUCUGAUCGGAGUAAAACUGUAAGCUCCUGAUCCUCUCUGCGUUUCACGGAGAUGAUGAUAAGGUGUCACACUCGCAGCUCUGGGCCACGUUACGGAUGUCGUCAUGUGCCCCGGUGGCAUCGUUGAGUAGCGGGGAGUCAUUGUGCCAGGUCCGGUCACACCGGGAAAGUUGCGCUCAAGAGUGUUGUGUGGGACAUGGGAUCAAGCCUGGGCCGAGUGGGAUACGCUAGUGAAGGAUCGGCGUCCUGAGUGGCGAGCUGUUUGUUGGUGUCGGGAGAACCAGGGUGCGUCGCACCGGAGCCAUGCGCACCGAGCACAGCUUCGUUUUGCUGCUCCUCAACGGGACGGCGUGCCUGUUGGUUUUGGCACAGGAAGAACGCCACUCCUCCUCUUCGCUGAGUCCUAAGUCCUCCUCUAUUGUAGAACCCUCUAAGACGCUGAGUGUUCUGGGUGGACAGGGCUCUGUCUCCCCCCUCAGCCGUUGGGUGAUGCACAGCCGAAGUCGAGCAGCCAAUGCUUCAGCACUAGAGCUACCCUACCGCUCACCUGUGCCCUUCUCCAAGCAAGAAUUCUGGGAGAUGCUGGGCAGUGACCUCCUUAAGCCUGACACAAGUUCUGAUGAUGAUGCCUCGACAAGCUCUCGUGUCAAGCGCCGUCCCAUCGUCAAGACAGGCAAGUUUAAGAAGAUGUUUGGUUGGGGCGACUUCUAUUCCAACAUCAAGACGGUGCGUCUCAACCUGCUCAUCACUGGCAAGAUUGUGGACCAUGGCAAUGGGACAUUCAGCGUCUACUUCCGGCACAAUUCCACAGGCCAAGGCAACAUCUCCGUCAGCUUGGUACCACCUGUGAAGGCGGUGGAAUUCGACUUGGAGCGACAGAGUGUGGUGUACCCUAAGGACUCCAAGAUCUUUAACUGUCGCGUGGACUACGAGAAGGUGGACCGCAGCAAGCGCACCUCUCUGUGCAAUUAUGAUCCAUCCAAGACCUGCUUUCAGGAGCAGACCCAGAGCCAUGUGUCCUGGAUCUGCUCCAAGCCCUUCAAGGUCAUCUGCAUCUACAUCUCAUUCUACAGCACAGACUACCGGCUAGUGCAGAAAGUCUGUCCAGACUACAACUACCACAAUGAGAUGCCCUACCUUCCCUCUGGAUAGAAGGGAAUGGGCAAAGGGGGCAGAAAGUCAGGGUUGGGAUUUGAAAAGAAGUGAGGAGCGAUAUAACCAAGGAGGGAGGGAUGAGGAGAAAAGAACAUGAAUGAAGAGGUUGGAAGUAUUGAUGUGGGAGGUCUGAGUAUAUUUUAUGUUGUAGAAAAGCUCUCUUCAGGGUGUAUGUGGGAUCUUUUAGGGAAUUGUACCCAUUUGGAAAAAGACCCCUUUGCAAACAGAGCAUUUUUCCAUGGAUUGUGUUUGAUCAUCAUGUAAAAUUCUUAAGGUGAAUGUAAGGCAUUUUGCUCCUGUGAUAAAUGUCUUUAAAGAAACUCUCUAAAAAAUCCUGACAAAUGUGACUGCAAAGCUCAACAUAUGCAAAUCAAGCUCUCUGCUGCAGGUAUGUGGGUGAGAGAGAGCACACUAACAUGAGGCUUUGGUGACAGGCAACCCCCACCGGUGUGCUUUUAUUGCACCACUGGGCCUACAUCAGGGCAAGGUGACAUACAUAUCUGAGAAAUCAUAAAACAAAGAACAAUUACUAUGUUGAUUUCAAUACGCCUACUAUGCAGAUGCUAGGGGUGGUGUUCAGGUUCCUGAGGAUUAAAGAAGUCUAUAUUUGCAGUGUAUAAUUCAGGUUGAACUCUCGAGAACAGCCAACAACAACAACUUAGAAAUACGUGACCUCUGGGUAUCCUCAACUGCAAGUGUUCUCAAUAUAAAAGAGUGAAGAAAGAGAUGUUUAAGACAUGGAGCAUGCAAAAAAACACAGCAAAGACAAAGUGAAAAAAAAAGAAAAGGUAAAAGUGAGAGAGGGUUUAGACACUUUUUAAUUAAAAUUGAAGCAGAGAGAGAUGUUGAGUAUGAAUUGCAGCAUCCGCUCUAUUGUUCCAGCCAUAUGAGAUGAGGGAAAAAGAUUACAUUUUGUUGCUGACAGGACUCCUGAUUUCUCAGCAUGAUAAGUUACCUACUGAAUGCAAGAUUGCUCCAUCCUUUUUCUGCUAGAGUCAGCCUGUAAUCUGUGAUUAAAUAGCAGAAUAUUAUGGUGAUAAUUAUGCAUAAUUUAAGACUUAUUUAAAGACUUUGUUCAAUGGAUUGGACAGAUUCAGAUAUUCAUUUGCAUUGGGAAAGCUUUUGACAGGCAAAAUUACUGCAUGAGACAAAUCAGCAGUCAACCUGACCUUCAAUAGCUGUGUAAUUUAAUGACCAUUUCUGUUAAGGUCAUGUUGUAACAAACAGAUUAACUUUGAUAGUGGGUGAUGAGGUCAGAAAGUUAAAGAGUAUAAAAAUAAAGACAGAAGAGGAAAAAAACGGAUGGGAGACCGUGAAAGAACAGCUAUAGUAACACAAACUGUGAUAGUCAGAAGAAAAUAGUUAGGGUGUUUUUAGAACACCAAGUGAAGAAGACAGACAAAGAAAAGGGAAAAUAGCACAAUGUGGAACAUCAAAGCAUCAUGUUGUUUGAUUCAAUGGAAGAAAAAAUAAAAACGCAGAGAAAGAAAGAAGGAGAAGGUAAAUGGCAGACUUUUUAUGGGUUUAUGUCUAAAAGCAUGUCUUUCCUGAAGAAGAAGCCAGUGUGGUGUAUUCCCCUCAGGCCUGCACAUUAGCACUGAUAUGAAGACAGGAGCAUCCUGAACGCUACGUCUAUUUAUGCUCGGUUAUGAAGCACUGUACUCAUUCCAUUUAUCUCACUCUAUUCCCUUUGCAUCCUACAUAGGCUCAUUAGGAACUGCUCAUAGAACCAUUUUUCAAAUGUUUUUAUUUGAGUUCUUAAAAAGCUAACUCAAUCAAAUAUAACACCCAUCUUACUAUAUUAUUCAAAUGCAAGUGAUCAAUAAUUUUAAUGGUCCUUUAACUGUUUAUACUCAAAAUUAUAUAAUAUUGUAUAUAUUAACAUAUCCACAGACAUAUAUGUUUGGAUAUACCUACUAGGUAUGGUGUAGUGGGUGUGUACUGUACUGUGGCUUUCAGGUGACCCUGGAGCAUGAAUCAUCAACACACACUAAUCUGUUCCAGUUUAACUACCUUCUUAUCUAUAAAGUUUACUCUCUUACAAUUAUUUUAAGUCUAAUCUCCUCCUGUCUAAUCUUGUCUAUCUUAUCUUAACUCGAAUUUCCUCAAAAUUAAAUACAAUCUAAUCUCCUUCAGUUUAAAUACAAUCUAAUCUCCUUCAGUUUAAGUAAAAUCCAAUCUCCUCCAAUUUAAACACAAUUCAAUCCACUCAUAUAUAAAUAGAGUCCAAUCUCCUUUAGUCUAAACACAAUCUAAUCUCCUCCAGGUUAUGUACAUGCUAACUUAAGCUAAGCUCUCUCUCUUACCACCAAUUUCUGCUUUUUCACCUAUGUUCACCUUUGGGCAGCUGGACCCACAUGUGUUACAUGGUUCACAAUUCACACAAUGUAUCACCAAUACCCAAUCUUACAUUACUGCUUGUUAAACAUCACCAUCAUACAAGAUUCUCAUCAUCCUUCUGAGGGAUUCUGUUAUCCUUAAAGUGCCAUGUCACUAAACAAAUGUUAAAAAAAAAAAAAGAUGAAUGAGAAGAAAAACACCUCAUGGUUUAGGAAAUUAUUCAGAUAUAGAUGCAAAAGAAAUGGAUUUUUAAUGGUCAGAGAGCUCUAUGUGGGACUUUAUCUUCAGCAAGUAAGCUAAAGCAGCUUAAUUAUUUUACAUAAUGUAGCAUCUGUUCUUUGCUCCUUUCACUCCAAAAAAACAGAUUUUGUCAUCAAGCGAGCUGUCGUUUGUGGACAGCAAUUCAGCAAUAGGCCUCAACUGGAGAGUGAGAGGAAAGGAUGAACUUGUACUGUCACGCGCUGGUGGGUGUUGCCAACAAAAGGAGAAAAGUUCAAGUGGUGGAAUGUGCCAGUUGUCAUAGCAACCGGCCCCUGUGAAGUGUGGACGGAGCCUCGGACACUUGGCUCGGAACUGAGUUAGUGCUCCAUACAAACUGAGACUGAGCUCUCUCAUGGUAGAUGGUACUGUCAAUACUAUAUAAAAUACAUCAUUAUAUAAAUAUAUAAAUAUAUAUCCUCACAAACCCUGCGGUGGAACGGGAUCUAUUGUAUGGGACACUCAAGUAGACUCUCUAGCUCAUUUAAGGUUUGUUUAUUUCUCUCUUUUUUACAUUGUUUUUUUUUCCAUGUGCAUCAUGUUGAUGUAGUGUAUGGAUGAUAAUGGUGGCAUUUAUUGUGGUUUUCUGACCUCUGGAAAAAAAAUAUAUCAAUAAACUAGACAGGUGUGCUGAAUUUCCCUUCUGAGUUCAAUGGGUUAAACAAUAAAUCGGGUGUCCAGUGUGGACUGGGUCGGUGGGGCUGCGGGUUUUCAUACUAACCAUGCAGAAGAACAUGAGUCGUCUGAAGAAUCGUCAAAUCGAUUAUGUACUGUAUAUGGGUAAAAUCAGCUGAGAAGAUAAGGUAGGAUGUUGCUGAGUUGAAGAGUAUCCAUGUUUUAGCACUGUUUUGACGAAGAUAUAGCAAAAAGAAAUGCAUGUCCACAAGUGUGACAGAAAUUGAAGAGAUGCUUGCAUUAUUCUCAAAUAGGAAGGUAUCUAUCUAUGUCCAAAUGUAAUAUUUGCUCAUUUUCUGGGGCAGUUUAUAUUGUGCUAUGUAUCCUAGCCAACAUGGCAUCGUAUUUGCAAAAUUUAGAUGAAAAUAUAAGAGUUAGGAUGGGAUUUAGAUGCAGAAUUAGCAUUUGUACAUUUUUUUAAAACUAAUCAACACAGGCAUGAUUUAUUUUAAUUUAUUGGUCUAAUUGUAUUUUAUGAUAUCAGGGUGAUCCUAGGAGCUAGUACAGUACAACACAACAGGUAGAGUUUAUGCUGUAUGCUAUGGUAUAAGCUAUAUAUGCUAAAUUAUUUUUCAUUUGUGUCUCCAGUUCCAUCCUGAACUCAAUGUCUCUAUGAAGUGUUUAUGUUCUGCCUGUUACUUUGUUGGUUUCAUCCAGGUUCUCUGGUGUCCUCCAAUUGGAUUGGACUAAAUACGUAGACUAGACUAAACUGUAAAUCGGUGUGUUUGUGUGCAUAAUGCCCUGCAAUGGCAUCCCAUCCAGGGUGUAUUCCCACCCAGUGUGCUUCAGCAGGAUAAGGGAUAAGUUGUUUACUGAAGAGGAGUAAAUAAAUGUAUUUUUCCGGAUAAAAAUUAGCUGGUGAGAUCACAGAUUACAGUAUGUGCAUUAUUUUUUCCAGCCAUUAUGUAAAUAUUUAAUUCCAUCAUACAUAAAUAUAUGUUAACCCACUUACAGCUUGCUUGCAAAUCUGGCACCCAAUUAUUUGUAACAGUUUUGACUGCUUUGUAUUUUUAUUUUGGUGAGAAAUCAGAUGAAAUUAAAGGCAUUAUUAAAGGCUAAUUUUACUACGUCAGGUAGCAGCUGUCAAUAAAGUAAUGUCUUUUUGCUGCCUCCAUUUGGUUUGUUCAUAGCUAUGAAAGAAAGCACUGGCAGCAAAGCAUCGAAGUAUCAAUUCUUUUAUCUCUCUUUAGUUUCAGACAGACCUGAUAUGGAAGUCUUCAUUAUCGCUGCAUUUGCAUACUCCAAUUGAAUGCCCACGGCAACACAAAGCUCGGACAAAAGGUGCAGGUAAUAAUCCAUACAGAGAAGCAUGCAAGUGAGAGAAUGAGAGAAAUUGUGUUAGAGGGAGAUUAAUGGAACAAUAUUUUACACAAUCUCUGUACCAACUGAGGCAAAUUUCGUUUGGGCCUUCUUUAAUUCUAUCAUGAUAUUUUUACCUUCUUUCUAUUAUAUUAUUCUCCCACUUCCUGCAUUGUGUCUGUUUCUGUUUUCAGACGUUCUCACCGUUUUGAAUUAAUGAACACACUUUUUGCACUCAUUUUGGGGCCUAAUUGACUUUAAAUCUGCUUGGCACCUUAAUUAAAUCUUUGAUUACUGGUAACAAGCAGAAGAGUUCAAACAGUCAGCAUGCUACACAGCUUUAAACAAGAUCGAUUACAGCCUAGUUAUCGACACCUCCACCUCUCUGCUCCAUUUCACUCACACCCACUCCCCUCUCUCUAACUUUUUCGUUCUCCAUCUCUCUUCCUUUAUCCAUCACUCCUCUCCUCUCUUCAUUCCCUCAAGGCAGGCACCCUUUUAUUCCCUUGUAAGAGUGCAGCCUGCCUCCAGAUAACCUUCGUGAAAAUGAUGAAAGAAGGGGGAAAAAGUCAACAGGAGGGAACGUAGAUCUAAUUUGGAAGGUCGGCUCCCACUCAACGCGAUGUAAUGUAAUUUAAAAGAGCAGAGUGGCUCUGAAGCCAAAUAACCAGCAAGAGAUGAACGAAAAUGUAGCACAGAGAAAAAGAGGAAAAGCAUAAAGAAUGACAGGAAAACGAGAACAAACCUCGAACUGUUGUUCUAGAAAAGUGAAUCAUAAGACCUGAACAAAUGAUUUAGCUUUAAAGACCAAAUGGACCUAAAUCUACAAAUUUAGAUGUCUGAACAAUGAGAUGAAUCAGAAAUCUUUUUAAUUCUAGCUGCAUUUUAUCACUCAGUCUUUUACUAUUGAACUACUGAGUGGUUUAAAUUUGAAGAUUCAAUAUUUUGAGGAUGGACUUUUAAAGUCAGAACCUUUCCUCAGCAUUUUUGUUCAUCCAACAUGAAGUCUACCCCAAUCAUAUUCGAGAGGUUAAAGUUUGGAAGUUUUUGACAUUUAAAGAAAUUGUAGAACUUUUAAGGCAGUGGCUAUCAAACAUAUUGCUUUGGCACUGAAUUUACAGCUAAUUUGUUCAUUUUUUUUUUUUUCUAUUUUAAAUUUAGUGGACAAUCUAUACUGUUAAUUUAAUAUUUUAGAAUAUCAGCGUGGGUAGAUGAUAAGAUCCUAGAAUCUGUUGAAUUCUAUAAAUUUGUUGAGGCUGCAUUAUAGUUGUGUACAUACUGUGGUUGAGAUUGUUGGCUUACCAAAUGCACAUUAUUAAUCGACAGGGCCACUGACAUUUCUAGGAGUUUGUCUUAUACUUAUCCCUUCCUUCAAGUUCUUUCCUUCAUGUUCUUUGUAAAAAGCUUGUGGCUGAACAUUUCUCUACAACGAUUUAAAGCAGCUGUGUGUUGUGUGUCAUUUUAUCAACUAUGGCAUUCAUAUAUGGAUCUUACGAUGCUAUGAUUUUUCGACCUGUUGAAAUAAAAACAAUUUAUUUCCUACAAUCUUCAUUUAGCUUUUAGAAAUGACAAAAGAAGGCCAAGGUAUACCAGGAAAAGAUCUUUUAAAACAUAGCACAAAGAACAUUUAAAGGAACACAAUCAAAGUGUAAAUACAUGUGUAACAAAAGAUGUGUUCAUCAUGAGUGACAAAGACAACAUUCAUUUGUAUGUGUACAAGGAAAUCAUGAAGAGAAUGUUGCGUAAAUAAAGUUAACCUUCACUUUUAAAAAAAGGUGUUAAUUUCCUGUAUGUUUAGAUACACAUUGUGUUAU